AUGGCAUAUAUCUACUUUCAGAACAUGGAUAGAAUUACACAAGACAGUACUGAAAUUAGAAAGGUAGGCCUGCAGAUGACAGGCCUCCUCACAACCAUAUCUGUUGGCGGCAUAACGCAAGAAAAACUUAAAAUGCUGAAUGAAUUAAAUGAAGACAUCACUAAAAAAACUGAGAGCAUUGUGAACGAGGCUAGCAGAAUGGACCAAGCUUUAAAGGACAGUCGUGAAAAAAUAAAGAGUCUUAGGAAGGAUCUGCAAGCUUCAUCGAAGAACUACUUUGAGUGUCAAACAGCAAAUAAAAAGAUCCGAAAAGACCUGGAAGAAAGUCAGGCAUCUUACUCCAAUAUGCAAGAAGAAUUGAACCGGAGCCAAACCACUUUGGAUCAGAUGUUCAGUGAAGACUCUUUCUGCUGCAGCACACCAGUCAAUGAAGAGGGAACUGGUGGUGCUUGUGACGACACCUGCAAAGAGGGAACUGGUGGUGCUCGUGGCGACACCUGCAAAGAGGGAACUGGUGGUGCUCGUGGCGACACCUGCAAAGAGGGAACUGGUGGUGCUUGUGGGGACACCUGCGAAGAGGGAACUGGUGGUGCUCGUGGCGACACCUGCAAAGAGGGAACUGGUGGUGCUCGUGGCGACACCUGCAAAGAGGGAACUGGUGGUGCUUGUGGGGACACCUGCGAAGAGGGAACUGAUGGUGCUUAUGGCGACACCUGCACCAAUAUCAAGAAGACAGAUUGA